GUCAGUUCACACAGCUAUACUGGAUCGGGGCGCGCGUGAGCUGCCCAUUCCUUGUAUAGCCGAGCUUUUUUCUUAGAAAACCUCCCCACGUAAUCUCAUCAACUCCUAUUUGGGUGCACCAUCACUUGAUAUAGGACAAAAGUGCCUGUAUAAUGACGUUGGUUAAUCCAGCUUUUCGAUUAUUGCUGCGUUUAUCACUACCUUUGGGCUUUUCAUCCCUUAUCGGAGAUUAGCUUUAGACAAAAAGGCGCUACCAUAUCCGCAGUUGCUGAUGUGUGCCAGGAUCAACGACGAUAAUAUGCGCGGUUGAUGUCAUUCCCUACUGAUUUGCUCCUUUCAGUGCUGCUGGGUGAAUAGCAAAAGUGUAGCCAAUAUGAACCGUCAAGCGCUAGAAACCGAACAAAAAGUGAACGUUAUUCUCAUUAAAAAUUAAGGCCAACAAUUCGACUGUUGGAUGAUCUUGUGAACCGCGUUCGUGUAUUGUGCGCACACAAGUUGGUCGCUUCAAACUGGAAUUUCCCCCCAGCCUGUGAAAUGUUUGAAAAAGGACGGCCGAGAGCUAUAGUCUUAUCGAGUAGAUCCCGUGAUUAAAGUUCAACACCCAAGCAGCAGCGCCAAGGUAUAUCAAUUCCAGCACCUCCUUCUAUUUCGUCCGCCUAUAUUUUUGUCGGGGUUUGCUGUGUAGAGAUAAGUGGGCGGAUUGAGAGAGGCCAGCAUCGCAGCAUCUUGCGUUCAUUCGAUCGGCCCAGUCAGCACAUCAUCGCUCAGACUAUUUAAUUAUUAUUACCUGGACUCUGUUUUUCUCGUCUAUUUCUAUUCUACACGACAUUGGAGUGUAUAGGUACAGCCUUCUCCGCCCUAUUGUGAUCCAUCGCGGCAGUGCGUCGGCGUCGUCAUCUCUCGCGGCGACUGUGCUGCUGCUGCUGCCGUCACAUCAAAGUUGAACGGGUCGUGUCGUGUUGAAUUGGGUUCGAUUGAACAUUUCCCUGUUGGCGUCAAUCGCGGCAGCUGCUGCUCAUCUUUGACUCCUCACCUCCAGCUCACAUGAAUUAAUUGUUAAUUGUCCGAGUGUGAAAGAACACAAAAGGCCAUGGCCAUUUACGACGAUUGGGCCGUCACGGCCGAUUUGACUAUUGGUGAUGUUCAAAGUGCCGCUCCUGGCAUCAGCAUCAGCAGCGGAAUUAACGCAAGUGACGUGAAUUUCCUGACAGAUGUGAUGAUGCUGCCAGUCAAUAAUACCAGUGAUGGAUCGUCUCAAUAUUAUAACAAUGGCAGUUAUUCCAGCUGGAUGAAUAGCAGCACUUACUGCAGUGGCAGCAUCUCAUUGACGGACGGCGGCGGUGGCGACGUGAAUUGCUCCUGGCUGUGCCCGCCCUGGAACGAGACGGAAGACUUCAGCGUCAACGCAUUCACGCCGUCGGCCUUUUUCCAGGUCAUCAUCUACAGUCUGUACAGUGUCGUGUUCGUGCUGGCCCUGGUGGGCAACAUGGUCGUCUGCGCCGUCGUCUUCACCAGCAUCCGCAAGUGGACCGUCACCAAUUUCUUCAUCGUUAAUAUGGCGGCCGGCGACAUUUUGAUGGCCUUCUUCUGCAUCCCCUUCACCUUCCUGCCCACAUACGUUUUACUUUACUGGCCGUUCGGGGCCACCAUGUGCCGGAUCGUCAGCUUCUCCCAGGCCGUGUCCGUCUUCGUCUCUGCCUACACGAUGGUGGCCAUCAGCAGCGACCGCUACCUGGCCAUCGUCUACCCGCUCCGCCCACGCAUGACACGUAAACAGGCCAAGUGGAUCAUCGUGGCCGUUUGGCUGGCGGCCUUUGCGACGGCCAUGCCGUUGCUCCUCAUGUCCAAGCUCAUCAUCCCGGAGAACAGCAAUUGGCACAUUUGCUCCGACCGCUACAUUUGCACCGAAGUGUGGGCCGACCCCAUCCAGCAGACGCAAUACACGACCGUCCUGCUACUCCUGCAGUAUUGCUUCCCACUGGCCGUCCUCGUCUUCACUUACGGCCGCAUCGGACUGGAAAUCUGGGGCAAGAAAACGCCGGGAGAGGCCCAUCAGCACCGCGAUCUGCGAUUGGCACGAUCCAAACGCAAGAUGAUCAAAAUGAUGAUUAUCGUCGUCUUCUUCUUCGCCUUUUGCUGGCUUCCUUUCAACCUUUUGCAGAUCAUCGGAGAUCAGUACCCGGCCAUUUGGACGUGGAGCAAAAUCAACUUUGUGGCUUUCGCUUGCCAUUGGCUGGCCAUGUCGCAUUCGGCCUACAAUCCAAUCAUCUACUGCUGCUUCAACUCAAAAUUCAGACAGACGAAAGGGUUUCCAAGUGUUGGCCGUGCGUUGUGGCUGUCGCUGUUUGAUGGAGAGCGAACGGGAGUGGAACGACCGAACGGCGGGCGACUGCGACUGUUGCGGCGCCCGUCUGAGCGGCACUCACGGGAGCGCCCAUGGCGAUCACGGCUGUGCCCCGCUCCAACGGGUCAACACCUACACGACCUGCACCGGCGGCCACAACAACCAUUUAACUCAACCGCAGCAGCAGCAGCAGUCGCAGCACAGCAAGAACUUGUCGUCGUGCCGCGUCCUAUUGCCAAGCAGCAGCAACCACCACCACCACAACCAGCAGCAUCAGCCCUUUACCGGGCCAGUGGCCUACAAGUCCAGCUACUCGGGCCGUUUCCAGCAUCAUCAGCAGGAAUCGGCCAGCAACGGCGGUCCUCCACGCGCAAGGUGUUGCUCCUCGUUCAACAGCAGCGGUGCCAACUCAGCGCAGCGCCGCUACUCGCCGUCGUCAUCGUCGCCGGCCGUUUGCGGCGCUGCCGUGAACAGCAGCAGCAGCCGCUCCGCUUCUUCAGCAGUUCGCCCGCAGAAGUUUGUCUUCCGCACCAACUUCCCAACGCAGCAGCAGCAGCAGUCGUGCCAAUCAGCCCAGCAGCGGCUGCUAUCUGGUGCUGGUUCGCCCACGAGCCUCACCAUCAUCAACCCAUCCGGCGGCAACACCACGGCCGAAUCGCACAUUUAAAGGACAGCAGCAGCGGCAGCAGGGCCCACCUGCAGGCCAGCAGUAGGCGCAAGUCCCUCAUCAACAGCAGCACCACUGGCGGCCGCUCCAGCAACAAUUACAAGAACAAAAGAGAUCUGUCAGCAGCACAGUGGCAACCACCACCACCACGCCCUUCCAGGGUCUAAAAAUAUAAUUAGGUUCCGUUCUUCUUCUCAUCUUGUUGUUUUGACUUUUUUCACAGCAGGAAAAGGCCGUGUGUCUCUCUAUUAUUAUUGGCUGGCUCUUCUCUUUGCCCAGCGUCAAAGAGUUGCGAUCCAGUCAGGCGUGAAUGACUCAUUAGUCUUAGAUAAAUCCAUUUCGAGGUUUCCCAGGAAAUUUAUAAGGACACAUCAGCGGCGCUCAACUUGGCAGCGCAAUAUCCCUCCUACAACUUUGGAAUCAAUUCUUGUUACAAACAUGUGAGGAAACUAUUAUUAUUAUUAUUACAGAGAGAUCCGUCGUCUGUGUGUACAAAUGUAUGUAAAUGCGUUUGAAAGUCAAAGAGCGAAAUGGUUAAACAGAAUGGCCAAACUAUUUGGCCAAUAACUGCGCAUGAAAAGAGAAAGGGAGCUCAACUUUUCUCGACGUUUUCCCUUGACCCGUUUAUCGACCAACUUCGGAGCGACACGGCCCCCCCGUCUUGUACGUCCGACUGAUUCUAUUUCUUGCUCUCUACCACGUCGUCGUCGGUUGGACUUUUGACCGACUCCAAGUCAAAGAGAGUGUGCCCUUGACCCUGUUUGGUUGUGUCUCUCCUUUUACGAUUCCAACCGACAGUGUCGUCGUCGUCCGUCUAAAUCGGCGCUCUGAUUAGAUCAGACAGCGUUCGCCCUCAUUUCUCACCUUUUUCUUCUUGUUUUUUUUUCCUUCGUGUUCAGUUUAAUCGCCACUUUUGUGAUUUGGAGGAGGCAAUUAUGAUAAUAUCGGUGUCGGCGUAUUACACAAAUGUGGCACCCAGUCCAAGUCAAAUGGUUUUACACAAACGUGGAGGAAUGUACAAGAUUCUCUCUCUCAACUAUUGGCUGGCAAUCCAAACUUGAAAGCUAAACUAUAUAGACCCCUUGUAUAUUUAUAACUCGAGUCAUUUCUUUUUCAUGUCAAAGGUUCGUGAAUUUGCCAAAAAACAGAGACUCUAUAAACUAUAUUAUAUAAUCAACAUGUUUCUCUCCUUCCACCCUGUACUCAAUGUUCUACUCUAAAUUGAAUUGUUUCUGAUCAAAUCGCUACAGGCCUACCUGCAAUUCAUCAAUGGUGUCUACGCAUGCCUGUAUUACGAAGAAGCUAAUUCACGUCGAUGUGUGUUAAACUGGAUGCAUGCGUUCGUCGUUGACGUCAACACCUUUUGUACCUGCCCAAGACAUGAAACAAUAUGGAAACAUCUAUUACA